GCGGAGGUUGACUGAUAAUGUGUUCUAGGUGUACGCCUCCAGUGAACCUAUCCCAGUCGCUGAUACCACCAUGAAGGUCCUGAUUCUCUGUGCUGCUCUCUGUACUGUGGCUUUGUCAGCCCUGAUUCCAAGUCAUUCGAGUGAAUGUCCACCCAUCAAACCUGGCAGCGUCGGGAUCUGCGCUUUCAUGUGUGGAGCUUCGGGCGGCUGUACAGAUGAUGAGAUUUGUUGCCCAACAGCGUGUGGAGGAUCCUCGUGUACGAAGAAACACCAGACACGUGCCCUUUGUCCACCCGGGGUCACGAUUGUCAACUGUUUCGUUGACCCAUGCAUGUUCGCCAAAUGUCCAUCGCAUCCUUCAGCAACCUGCAGAUCAAACUACUGCGGUGGUUGCAAUGCCGAAUUCUACUUGGACGGUAAACAGAUUACCGGAUGCGGAAAUUCAGCCUAAAUUGUAUUUAAAAGAAAUACACCUAUGAGAAAAUGAAAAUGAAAAUGGUUUCUCAUGACA